AUGGCAACAACAACCUCAGUAUCGCCGACGACCGUUGAGCGCAACGGUUCCAGGCGAGGUCAAUCCCACUCCACCCCAAGCAGGUCUCAGUCUACAAGAACCAGGAGCACUGCAGUUCCCCCCAGCCCUCACCGCACCAAUUCCACCCACCGCCGCACAUCUUCGCGCCACGCCGCCGUUGAGGAAACAUUGCCGCAUGCAAACCAUGAGGCUUCCAACGUCGCACAAACACACACUCGAAGCUCCAGCAAAGACCGUCCAUCGCGGAACGAAUCAAGCAGAAGUGCGUCCGGCCAUCACCAUCGAUCCAGCCGAUAUUCAGCAGACAUGUCCACAGCCGUCGCAAAUAGCGGAGGGCCCGCUCCCGUAGUGACCGCCCAGGAUUCCAAGCAUGGUGGGAGGUCCGGAAAGUCGAGGACUAUCAUACCAGCGCAGACGGGAAAUUGGGUGUUGGGAAAGACAAUCGGUGCAGGCAGUAUGGGGAAGGUUAAGUUAGCUCGUAGACCAGAAGGGGGUGAACAGGUCGCUGUCAAGAUCGUACCUCGCGGUAUCACCGACGAAGGACACAAUCAAAGCCGCGCAGAUAGGGAGCGCGCCGAGCAUUCGAAGGAAGUCCGGACUGCGCGAGAAGCUGCUAUCGUCACUCUGUUAGACCACCCAUACAUAUGUGGCAUGCGAGAUGUUGUGCGCACGACUUAUCACUGGUACAUGCUUUUCGAAUACGUCAAUGGAGGACAGAUGCUAGACUACAUUAUUUCUCACGGAAGGCUGAAGGAAAAGCAAGCGAGAAAAUUCAGCAGACAGAUCGCAAGCGCUUUGGACUACUGCCACAGAAACAGUAUUGUCCACCGUGAUCUGAAGAUUGAGAACAUCUUGAUCAGCAAGACGGGAGACAUCAAGAUCAUCGAUUUUGGCCUGAGCAAUCUCUUUGCUCCACGGAGUCAUCUGAAGACAUUUUGCGGCAGUCUAUACUUUGCCGCGCCAGAGUUAUUGCAAGCCAAGGCGUAUACCGGACCAGAAGUCGACAUUUGGAGUUUUGGGAUUGUUCUUUACGUCCUGGUAUGCGGUAAGGUGCCUUUUGACGACCAGAGCAUGCCCGCAUUACAUGCCAAAAUCAAGAAGGGCAUCGUAGACUACCCUAGUUGGCUUUCCCCUGAAUGCAAGAAUCUCAUUGCUCGAAUGCUUGUCACUGACCCCAGACAACGCGCUAGCCUUCAAGAAAUUAUGAACCAUCCUUGGAUGGUGAAAGGAUUCGGAUCUGCACCCGAAAACUACCUACCAAUACGCGAACCACUUACACUGCCCCUUGACCCAGCAGUUAUUCAAGCUAUGACGGGCUUUGACUUCGGUCCAUCAGAGCUGAUUCAGAGCCAAUUGACAGAAGUCAUUGAUUCUCAAGACUACCAACGAGCUGUUCGAUUAGCGGUGCACGAGCGUGAAAAUCAGGGACCUCCAAGAGAUCCCGAAAAGAAAAGAGGGUUCGGAUUUGACUUUUACAAGAGGAGAAACUCCAGUAGUCGUGAUACCCUCACAACUCCUAGCGUCGAAGGGUUGGCUCUUGGAAACGAUCCUGUCAACGCUUUCCACCCCUUGGUUUCGGUCUAUUAUCUUGUUAGAGAAAAACAAGAACGAGACAGGCUUGCGGCAAAUCCUGGAGCUACGACUAUGCCACGUUCUCCAGGAGAAGCUCCUCUUCAACUCCCAGAGAUCCUAGCACCAAAGGCAGCACAUACCAACGCUGCCACUUAUGAGAUGCCGGGUGAGAAGGCUACCGGAGGACGCUCAAGACCACGUGCUAGAACGCAUGGCGAAGAUGACGCUGCUGAGGCUAUGAAACACUUGAAAGUGGGUAGUGCGAGUGGUCCAACUUCACCGGCUGUCAUGGAGCCUUCAUCUGAACAACCACAUCGAAAAGAAAGCACCGCAGCUGGUAUUCUAAGACGAUUCAGUACCAGGAAACGCAAAGACAAUUUUGAUAAAUCACACCCACCCCAGGUCACUAUUCAAUCACCACAUGAGCACGGAAGUAUGAGGAAGAGCUUCAGUGUCCGAAGAACUCGUGACCGAGAAAGUGAAGGUCCAUCAUCGAUGCUUCGAUCAGGGAGCAGCCAGCCUCAGCACAGUGACCUCCUAACCCCACCAGGAUCCGCUGAUAACUCCCGCAAUGUCAAUGGGCUGGGAAGAUCAACGAGUGUCAACUCGGCCGACUUCAGAAGAAAGGAUGGUAGAAGAGGUGGUUCAGACGCAGUACCUCCAAAGGUCACAUAUAAGGAUCCAUCCCCAACGAAUGGUUCAGAGCAUUCGACUCUCAAUGAGAAAGGAUCACGCGACCCAGAGCAAAAGGCUCACUUGAACCCAAGAGCGGCUACGAUGAGAGCAAAGUCUCUUGGUCAUGCACGAAGAGAGAGUAUUCAAGCUCGACGAGCACGGAGAGAAGAGGCGCGAGAAGCGAACGUCCCAGAGGAAACUGAUAUGGACGGGGAUGCAAGUGGCUUGUCCACAGACCGUGUUGACAAUGCGGAGCAUGUGAAGCCAGUUUUCCUCAAGGGCUUAUUCAGCGUCUCUACAACAUCUACGAAGCCUGUCCCGGCAAUCCGAGCAGAUAUUAUCAGAGUACUGAGACAGCUAGGAAUUGAUUUCAGUGAGAUCAGAGGUGGAUUCAGCUGUCGACACACACCAUCGAUCGAUCUUAAAAAGGUCAUUGACCUCCAACCAAGCAGUCACGGCAACCAAACCCCGGGUCACAAAAGACGAAUCAGCUUUGGAGGCUUCAUGGGUGGUAACAACAAUGAUAGAGACCGCGAAGACUUCAGAGAUGCAGAAAGAUCACCUCACACUCCUCGGACUCCGGGUCGGCCUCGGGGAGACACGAGCUACACUAAUUCGGAUGCGUCCGAUGAAAGUGUCCCACGACAGAACAGAGGCUCAUCCGCGCGUGCCGUUGGGGAAACAAGCACCCACGUGCAAAGCGAACUGGGCGGGAGCAUGAUAUUAGAAUUCGAGAUCUUCAUCGUCAAGGUCCCUCUUCUCUCGCUACAUGGUAUCCAAUUUAAGCGUUUGCAAGGAGGAACAUGGCAGUACAAAAAUAUGGCAGAUCAGAUCCUGAGAGAACUCAAACUCUGA